AGGCCAGACAUUUUUAGUUUGGAAGAUCCAGAAUUUGAGUUGGAGUUCACUGGCAAGCAAGGAUGGCGCUCAGAUUACGAAAAGUGGUCAGCUGAAACGUGUGAUGCCACAUCUCCAGCCAGCAAUGAUACUUGUAAAGAGAUACGCCAGGAAGAGUCGUUGUUUGUGCAUUCUGACUCUGCUGACUCACCAACAAUAAAGAGCCUGGCGGCAGAAAUAGAUUACGUGAAAAAUGUUGUUAUAAGAAUUGAAGAGAAAUUUGACAAAUUGGCUUCGUCUAAUUCGUUUUCAAUGGCAUCGCGUCAGGUUUCACACAGUGGAACCAAAAAAGAAACAGAAGAGUCUCCUGUGAAGUACAAAGACAUUGUGUUAACAGAUAUCCCGUGCUCCCCAUCUUCUCCACAGAAGUAUGCGAGGAAGCUAUUAGAUGAAGUGUACACGAAGGAAGAGAUGGCGUCAGGUCUAUUUAAUAAAAUAGGCUUCAGUACAAAAGAAGUUCUUUCUCCGACAAGAAAGACCCUUAUCUGGAAAUGCCUUGAGAAGAAAUACAAGGAGGCAUUCUUGAAAACAGCCACACCUGCGAUCAACGAGAGUCUGAACCAAAAAUGCAGGGACGCGAAGAAGCAUAUCAAGAGAAAAAUCAUACCACAAGUGCAGUCUAAACGUGACAACUACUGCAGUUCUAGUGACAGCAGCUGAGCUAUAUAUAGUUAAAUGCAGCUGUUU